AUGCCCACCUCUCCAAAUUGUCCCAAUGCCCACACCACCCCACUCCUCCCAAAGGAGGCCGAGCCACCGCAUUCCGCCCCGGCAUUCCGGUGGACGGGGAGGCGGACGCCCUCGUUCUCCUCGUCGUCGCGAUCGGGCUCCUUUGACUCCUCCUUUAGAUCCUCCUCAUUCUCCUUCAAUGAUGAAUUCCCCACAUUUAGCCCUAUAAACACUCCUUUAAUCAAAUUCAAAGGCGUCCCAUUUUCUUGGGAGCAAAUUCCGGGAAUCCCUAAACACCAUUGCUCAAAGAAGAAGGACUCCUCCGGCCACCUCCUCCCCCUCCCUCCCGCCGGCGGCGCCGCCGCCGCCGCCACCUCCGCCGCCGUCAAAAAACAAGAGGAAAUUUCUCCCAAGAAAAGUAGCAAUAGGUUCCAAAUUGAUGAUCCGUUCUUCGCGGCCCUCGUUGAAUGCUCGAAAGACGGUGGCAAUGGCGACGACAACGACGACGACCGUUGCUUGAAUUCCGGCGCAAUUGGGAAGGGAAGCUCCAAAAUCACUAGGACUUUGAGUGAUCGGUUUGGAUUGAUAAAUAUGUACACUUCUUCUUGCAAGAAAACAUGUGCGGUUUCGGAAUCGAUCGUCAAUCUGCCUAGACAAAGCUCGUUACUUUAUCGACCGUAG